GAAGGCAGCACGAGCAGCCUCCAUGGUGACGCUCGUCUUCAUGUAUUUUGGUCCUUUUGGUCGCCGCCAUUGCUAUCACGUUACAAAUACCUUCCAGCUGCUGUGUGGGGGUAAAUUUAACGCAAUUAACUGUUUUAUUUAUGUAAUGUGUCGCUUUUACCAGCGGGAAAGCGUACAUGGACUCAACAGCUGUCUGUUGAAAUCGCACAAUGUCAGCAGAGACGAUAAACUGUAGCUAACGGUAGCUUUGUAAAUAAGCCAGGCGGUUGCAGCGACGCGUUCAGGGUCUUUUUUUGUUUGUUUCUCCUCCUCGCUGUAAAUUAGCCAGUUCUCACACACAUACAAAAAAAAAAAACAUUUGUAAACAUUUUUUAAAAUGUCGCUACACGGUAAACGUAAAGAAAUCUACAAAUACGAGGCGCCGUGGACAGUUUACGCCGUGAACUGGAGCGUCCGACCGGACAAACGCUUCCGGCUGGCGCUCGGUAGCUUUGUGGAGGAGUACAAUAACAAGGUUCAAAUAGUUGGUCUAGAAGAAGAAACCUCCGAGUUUGUGUGUCGAAACACUUUCGACCAUCCCUACCCCACCACCAAGAUCGUGUGGAUUCCCGACACCAAAGGAGUGUACCCUGACCUGCUGGCCACCGGUGGAGACUACCUGAGAAUCUGGAGGGUGAGCGAUACAGAGACCCGCCUGGAGUGCCUGCUAAACAACAACAAGAACUCUGACUUCUGUGCACCGCUCACAUCCUUCGAUUGGAACGAGGUGGACCCAAACUUGCUAGGUACUUCCAGUAUCGACACCACCUGUACAAUUUGGGGGCUGGAGACUGGACAGGCGCUGGGCAGAGUCAGCUUAGUGUCGGGUCAUGUCAAGACGCAGCUCAUUGCCCAUGACAAAGAGGUGUAUGACAUCUCUUUCAGCAGAGCAGGUGGUGGCCGGGAUAUGUUUGCCUCAGUGGGAGCGGACGGCUCGGUCCGCAUGUUUGACCUCCGUCACCUCGAACACAGCACUAUCAUCUAUGAGGACCCCCAGCACCACCCACUGCUCCGGCUCUGCUGGAACAAGCAGGACCCAAACUACCUAGCCACCAUGGCGAUGGACAGCAUGGAGGUGGUGAUCUUAGAUGUGCGCGUACCUUGUACUCCAGUGGCCAGACUAAACAACCACAGGGCCUGUGUCAAUGGAAUCGCCUGGGCGCCACACUCCUCCUGUCACAUCUGUACAUCAGCGGAGGACCACCAGGCUCUAAUCUGGGACAUCCAGCAGAUGCCGCGGGCCAUUGAGGACCCUAUACUGGCCUACACAGCAGAGGGAGAGAUCAAUAAUGUCCAGUGGGCCUCCACCCAACCCGACUGGAUCUCCAUCUGCUACAACAACUGCCUGGAAAUCCUCCGAGUCUGAGCAGCAGUCAUGAAGAAAAAAGGCAACUCAGAAACGUUCUGAGCUGGAUUUACAAGCUGAUGUGACUUUGUUGAAGGGAAUUGUGUGUUUAAGAAAGACGUAGCAAUAUUCAGUUCAUGCUCGUAUUGGGUUUUUGUUGAUACAGAUGAUGUUCGUAAACCUUUUUUUAACUGAGUGAGAACUAGAGUGCAUCACUGUUUGACUUUGUAAUACAACACCAAAACAUCUUGUAUCAGAAAACUCAGAAAAGGAGCACCUCAACAAAAAUGGUAACAAAGUCUCAAGAAACCAAAAGACUUAAAUCUGUUGUUCAUGUACAGACAUGAACAAAGUCUUCAAGCUUUUAGCAUGUUGUCUCAUAGACAAAUAGACUAGUCAGUUACACAUUUUUAUACGCUACAUUGUGCAUUGUAUGUGUAGUUUCAUUUGUUGCUUCAACCUCAUCUCAUUAUUUUGAAGCAGUGAAAAUACAGUUUCAGUUUAACCAUAUUUAAAAGUGGGUUGGAUGUGGUUUAUGUGAUUAUAAGUGUUCAUGUAUUGAAUUUUUUGUUUUUUUUUAAAUGUGUAUGUAUAUAUAAUGUGUUUUAUUCAACUGAAUAUCAUUUGUGGUAUUAAACAUCUCGGUUGUGAUACAAUAA